GUGAAUGUCUCUCUGCACUGCCCACCUUUGCUCACCUUUUCACUCCCUCUCUCUCUCCCCGUCUGUUCCUCUCUCAACACACACACAAACACACUUCGGUUCAAACUUUCCUCCUUUCACAGUUGUCCUCUGAUUCUCCUGUGAAGCUUUCUACAGGAUUUUCUGCUUGUUCUUCUUAUGCUAAAAGACCGGAAGACAAAAGAAGGUGACACUCUCAGGAUGCGUUGUGUGAGCUGGUUGUUGUUGGGGACCUGCCUCCUGGUCCUGGGCCCCGCCGUGCAGGGAGCCCCGAGCCAGUGCCCGAGCCUCUGCCACUGCCACGGCGACCUCCAGCACGUCAUCUGCGACAGCGUCGGGCUGAAGAAGAUCCCUCGGGUGUCCGAGGCCACCCGUUUGCUGAACCUGCAGAGGAACAGCCUGGGCAACAUACCCACAGGGGCCUUCAGCGAGAGCAAGGGACUCAUCUCUCUGCACAUGCAGCACUGCCAGCUCCGAGAGAUCGGAUCCCAGGCCUUCAAGGGGCUGAAGAAGCUCAUCUACCUCUACCUGUCCAACAACGAGAUCAACAGCAUCAAGCCCGGCGCCUUCGAGGACCUCACUGAGCUCACCUACCUCUACCUAGAUGGGAACCAGAUCAGCGACCUGGCCAAGGGCAUCUUCUCCCCCAUGAUCAACCUCUUUAUCCUGCAGCUCAAUGACAACAAGCUGCGGGAGCUGCGGCCGGGGACCUUCACCGGCGCCAAAGACUUGCGCUGGCUGCACAUGAGCGGGAACGAGCUGACCACCAUACAGCCGGGCUCCCUGGACGACGUGGAGAACCUCGCUAUACUUCACCUGGAGAGGAACAAGAUGUCCACCUAUCCCAGCGCGGCAAUGGGCAAACUGCGUGUGGUGGAGGAGCUCACGCUGGGGAAGAACCCCAUGAGGACCAUCCCUGACAACGCCUUCCAGAGCUUUGGACGCUACAUGGAGAAACUACACCUGGACAACAUGAGCCUGGAGAAGUUCUCUGAUGGUGCGUUCGCUGGAGUGACAGCCAUCAAGUCGCUGCACCUGGACAACAACAAGCUUAAGUCGCUUCCCAAAAGCCUCGAGUUCGGCAGCAUCACCAACCUCACCCUCUCCAACAACCCUUGGACCUGCACAUGCCAGCUAGCUCCACUGCGCAGGUGGAUGGACUCCAGCCGCAAUCGUCCAGAUGCAGUGUGUGCUUCUCCACCUCCACAGAAAGGCAAGCAAGUCAGAGACAGCACCGCCUUCAGUGGCUGCAGAGUCAAGGCAAAGAGAGCCAAGAAGGGCACACGUCAUUGAACACGCAGCCGUACAGGAGACGCUGAGGAGGAGCCUGUCCAGGUGACCGGCUACAACGCGCAACGAAAGCAACUCUAACUCCUUCUACUUCAAGACUGUCCAUCUAUUCAUCUGUCAAAUGUUGUCACUAGUGUAAACACAUAGAUACACGUCCUCUCUGUCUGUCUGUCUGUCUGUGUCUCACACACUCUCUCUCACUCACACUCACACACACAUACACACACACACACACUCUAAGAACUUUAUGGAGCGAGACAUAUUAUCAGUAUAAUUUUCAUUCAUUUAUAUCAAAGAUGAAGACUUAAGUAUGAAGUGGAAGUGGACGACCUGCAGGUAACCACCAAAAUAAAGGAAACAUGUCAAUAAGCAAGGGCUACAAGGACUGUUGUGGGCAGAUUUGUUGUCUUUUCCUGGUGCAUUCAGUACCUUCAGAGAACAGGAUAAACGGCAAACACAAAAAAGUCUGAAUGUUUUUCCCCUGAGGAUAAGUUUCAAUGUCUUACUAAGCAUGAAAAUAAUGUAAAAUAAAACCAACCCUGGAGUUUAAAUCUGCAUUAAUUGAUUUUUUUGGCCACUUGGGGGCAGUGGAACAAACUGAAAACAUACAAUCGCCUUAUGUUUAGAGUUGUCCUCAGCCGAUCCAGGCAUAUUUUAAAGGCUUGGUAUCGGUAAAAAAAAAUAAAUUAAAAGCCAAUCAAAUGCCAAUCCCCUCUUUACUGUUCUUUACUUUCCUUGAGUGACUUGAUAACAGGCCAAAAUUCAGUUUGUGGGGUUUGUGUGCUCUGCAGCUCAAACAAAGAUCAUCUAUGAGUUAAACAAAGCAUCACUCUGUAACACUACUGGACAACCAUGAGCGCUUGUGCAGUUACUCCAACAGAGUUUUCUCCCACUCGAUCUUUUAUUCUAAUCACAUCAGUAAUCUGAAUUUAUAAACAGAACCUCCAGUCAAACAUAAGCUCUAGGCUCCACCUGCUAUUUCAAUAUGCGAGACACAUACGUAAUCAACAUUGAAUAUCUUCUGCUGCUAUGUAAAUAUAAAAUGUCGGAGUGGACUCAGACUUGACAGAUACCCAAUGUUAAAAGACUCGGAUCAGGAUCAGGGCUGGAAGAACUUGAUUCCUUGUUAUGUUAGCAAGCAAUUGCCUUUUUGCACAUGGAGACUCAGAUCAACAUUAUCAUUCAUUUGAAUCCAUGUUUCUGGAGAGCAGGUCCAGUAUUCUCUCUCUUUUAGCUCUGUUUUAAGUCUCCAUCAGCUCCUGAGAAACACAUCCGGCUCUUUAGCU